AUGACCUCGGAAAUGAGUUGGCGACGGUUAUGCUUCGUUGCAUGGCUCAUUUGCCGUGAUCAUCUGGCCUGCGCCCUUGAAGUCGUGCCCCAGUCACGGCCAACAUUCGAAACCUACGAAACACGCCAACUUACACCAAGGACAAUACGGCCGAACGCCAGCUGCCCAAUCAAGGGAUACAAUGCCUGCGGCAAUGGCAUGGCAGACUACUUCUGCUGUCCCAGCGACACAACUUGUCUGGUCCUGGCAGAGAAGACCACGGCCCUCUGCUGUCCGGAGGGAGCGUCAUGCGAUACCAUCUCGCCCAUCAUCUGCGACAUCACCGCGCAGGACAUCAUCAAAAACCCCGCGAGCCCCAUUCACACCACCAAAUUGAUGGAAUCGUUGCCUUCGUGCGGUAGUCGGUGUUGUCCAUUCGGCUACACCUGUCAAAGCGGUUCUGCCUGCGUCUUGGUUAGGGACCAGAAGUCUCAGACCAGCGCUUCGGUCUCGCCUACAACAGGGACAAAGACCGCGACACCAAGAACGCAGACCGCGACGCAGGCAGCAACGACUACGACACCCUCCGAGAGGAUUCCUACGGUGUCGCCGCCAUCAGCCAGCCUGGGCCAGGAGCAUCCAACACCCUCGCCCACUGGACCAUCAGAGACAACACCCGCUGCAGCCGCCCCCGCCGGAAAUGUGAUUUCAGGGGGCAUCAUCGCAGGCACCACCGUCGCCGCCGUUGCCUCGGUCGCCGGGCUGACGUGUCUCCUCUGGCUCAAGCGGCGCUCCAUCUCCGAAAAAGUUGCCGCCGUACGGUUCCUCCGGCGCUGGCAGCAACUCCGCGAACAGGGUUCCGAGCAAGACGUGACCCUGCCGCAGUACAACUCACCGCCGCCGGCCUAUACGAUGGAGAUGAAGGCGCCACCGAAGCACUCGGCCUUCAGGCACUACAGCCCGGAGUCCAUAGGAGACACCGUCCCCGUCGAGCUCCCCGCCACGCCCGUUUCCUUCAGCGUUUGGAACGUACGGCCAGAGGGGGAGGCUAGGAGGCCGCGAUCCCACUACGAGCCCUACCGGCGUCCAUGA